AUGCCGGGGGCGAUACUAUGGAUCAGUGAUGCCAUGGACCAAGACGAGAUGUGGCAAUUGAUGCUAUACACCUGGCUUGGCGCUGGAGGCGCAAAGAAUGGUGCAACCGUGUUCUUUGGAUGCGCACGGAAGCUUCUGCAGCUGGCGUUUAACUUGCAGCCCACGCCCCGCCUUCCACCUCCUUGCUCUUAUGUUCACGUCUCUCUUGUCUUAUUCUUCUUUCUUUACAGGGAGAGUGAAGAGGAGAACAUGUUUUUGUCUUCCUCCACAAGUUCUCCCUGGCUUAUCACCAAUGAGACAGUGAGACAGGCACGAUGCACUGCCGGAAACGGAUGUCCUUUUGGCAUCUAUGCUUUGUCUCAUGAGACCGCAGACUUUGUCUUCAACAGUGUUACGUCCGGCGAUUUCCGCUUUCCUGAGCAGCUGUGCGGAAGUUGGUCUGCGACACCAGUGGCCAGCCGGCAAAGGCAUUUGGAUGCCGGGGGUGAUGCUAUGGGCCAACUAUGCUGUGGACCAAGACAAGAUGUGGCAACUGAUGCCAUAUACACCUGGCUUGGCGCUGGAGGCGUCGAUGGGCUUCUGUGGACACAUAUCUGCGCAACCGAUGGUCUGACGCGCUACGACGCAAGCUCAGAGCAAGCCGUGGCAGUUAUGAAGCUUGCAAUGUUGUGCACACAGUUUUGUGGUAAUCAUGUCUUGAAGUUCUUUAGCCGUGACGGUAAUUUCGUGUCAAAGAUGCAUGACAUUGAUGGCUUGGGACAGCGAGCCGUCAAAGAAGUCCUGAUCUACCUGCGCGCGAAGAAAGGUGCAUCCGUGUUGCAGCCACGCACCCAAGAGUACGUGCCGAAAUGUUCCGGGACUUUGCCUUGGUGUUGCCCUGCUCUCUGUCGUUUACAAGCCAUGGCCGUCGAUUUGCGUGAGCGUUUGACCGACACCGCUGGAUUCGCGUUAAGAAACGACGUGCUGUCGGAAACACAGGUCCUGUUGACGUCUAUGUUGGGCCUCAUGCAGGAGCAGACUUUGUCUUCAACAUUGUUAUGUCCGGUGAUCCACCGCUUACCUGAGCAGCUUUGCGGAAGCUGGUUUGCGACGCUAGAAGGCCAGCGGGCAAAGGCAUUUCUGGAUGCCGGGGGCGAUUCUAUGGUCCAAGACAAGAUGUGGUAUCUGAUGCUUUUGGACAACUAG